AUAUGGUUCGUGCAAGCCCCUUUCAACUUGGAUUUGGUGUCCAUUUUUUUCUAAUAAAAUGGGAAACUGCAUAUAUAUAGUUGCAAGCAUGGAGAUACACACAUACGCGCCUGAUACAGUAUACAUCAUCAGACUUUAUGUCAGUUCCCCUCUGAUAUAUACAGCACAUCACAGGACCCUGUUUGUUGGUUUCUAAUUUGCAGCUUGCUAGCCAGCACAGCAUGCAUACAAGUAUACUCUAGUAUCCUCUUCUAUACAUCUUAUUACAGAGAUCUAGCUGGCUACAAACCUACAAGCACAUCCGAUCCGAUCCAUGGUGAUGGCGGCGAAGAAGGCUUACCUGAUCGCCGUCGUCAUCCUGCUCAUCUACACAGGCAUGUUCGUCUUCUCCAAGGCGGCCUUCGACCAUGGCAUCAACACCUACGUCUUCAUCUUCUACCGAAUGGCCGCCGCGUCGCUGUUCCUCCUGCCUAUUGCCAUUGCCCUCCAAAGAGGCCAAGCUAAGGGAUUACUCAUCAGCUGCAGAGAGAUACGUAUUAUUAUUUGCACGUACGCGCAGGAAGAAUGUGCGGUCCAUGUCCGUGGUGCUCCUUCUCCGGCUCUUCUUCUACGCCUUGGUCGGGAACACGUUCAGCCUGAACCUGUACAACGUCAGCAUGAAGAUGACAACGGCGACCGUGGCGUCGGCGUCGAGCAACUCCAUGCCCGUCAUCACCUUCUGCCUGGCGCUGCUGCUGAGGAUGGAGGCCGUCAGGCUGAGGACCACCCCCGGCGUGGCCAAGGCCACCGGCGUCGCGCUCUGCCUCGCCGGAGUCUUGGUGCUCGCGUUCUACGCCGGGCCGGCGCUGAGCCCCGUCAACCACCACCGCGCCUUCGCCGUCUCCGGCGAGACAACGACUCCGAGCAGGGUGACGUGGAUCAAGGGCACGUUGCUCAUGGUCCUCGUCAACGCCACAUGGGCCCUCUGGAUCGUCGUGCAGUCUACAUUGUUGAAGGAGUACCCGAACAAGAUGCUUGUGACGGUGACACAGUGCGUGUUUAGCACCGUACAAUGCUUCGUUGUGGCAGUGGUGGCUGAGAGGGACUUCUCCAAGUGGAAGCUCCGACUCGACGUCAGCUUGCUCGGCAUCGUUUACACGGGGUUUGUGGUGACGGGGGUGUCCUACUAUCUUCAAGCAUGGUGUAUGGAGAUGAAGGGCCCUGUGUUUCUAGCAAUGUCGAACCCGCUCUGUUUCGUCUUCACUAUCUUCUGCUCCUCUUUCUUUCUCGGAGAGAUUGUCCACCUCGGCAGCAUUCUGGGUGGAGCCCUGUUGGUUGCCGGCCUUUACAGCGUCCUCUGGGCUAAAAGCAGGGAGGCUAUAAAAUUGGAGGAAUCACAGGAGGAGGGAAAUAAAGAAGAGAACAAGGAAGCAGCAGCAGCAGCACCGUUCGCGGUUGAACAAGUGUGAUCAUCGUGCGCUUGUAUAUUCUGAGUAGGCUGGGUUUGGGCUUUCAAGUAGGUGUAAGAUAGUAAAUGGCUAGCAUCAAUCAACCUUGUGACUUGGACUAAAACAGAGAAUCAGAGAUUAGGAUGGUGAUAGAUCUCCAUGAAUAACGGGAUUUCAUUGCUAUGCAAAAUCACAGAAGAGUAGCAGGUGGACUGCCAUUGUUUCUACA